AUGUCUGCGCAACUCGACGAGACCCACCCCUCCCGACCUGCGAUGAACCCAAAUGAACAUCAUUCUCCAGCUAGAGAAACCCCAGUUGACUCGGACAUUCCAAGAGAAGACUCUCGCACAGAGACCUACGGUGCUGGGGCGGUUUCCAAAUGUCGUCAGCUUAUGACUGUCCUGGCGGCGUUUACAGUCAACUUCACUGCAUGUGGCCUCCUGUUUACCUUUGGAAUAUAUCAAGCUCUCUACGAGUCGAUGGCGACGCAGGGCUCUGGCCCAUUCAUUCAUGCUUCUUCCUCUGAAAUAGACCUUAUCGGCAGCCUUUCUGCCUCCGUCAUGACAAUGGCUGCACCUUUUGCAGUUGCCUGGGCGAAAUACUUCGAGACACCAAGGGUUGUCUGGGCUGGUGCCGUCGUUUUCGGCCUGGCCAACGUCGCAGCCAGUUUCGGCACAGCACUCUGGCACUUUCAGCUUGCUCAAGGUCUAUUGCUGGGUAUAGGGACGAGCCUCUCCUUUGUGCCGUCCAUGACGGUAACCCCUACAUGGUUUGAAAGCCGUAGAGGGCUUGCCAUGGGCAUCGCAUCUGCCGGUACCGGCAUCGGAGGCCUCGUCUGGGCGCCUGUUGUCACUGCAUGUAUUGACAACAUGGGCUUUCGUGAUACUCUCCGCCUGACCGGCGCUGUGGCGGCCGCUCUGAUCGGUGCUGCAGGCUUCGCUCUCGACUGGGAACCGACGACGAGGAGACGCUUGCGUGCGGAGAGUGCAGCAAUAUCUCCCUUGAGAGGCCUAUUUCGAAUUCCCCUUCCUGCUUGGGAAACUGUCAAGCAACGCAAAUUCAUUGCACAUGCGCUUGGCGCCGCCUUCCAGAGCGCAGCAUACUACACGCCUGUGUUUUACCUGCAAUGCGUGCAACGCUAUUGGCAAGAUUUCAAUAGGUUUCAUGCGGACAGGAUGGGACGAGUCAACGCUUUCUUUGUUUCGACCUUUUUGAGCGCCAUUGCUGCGCUUGGGCUCUGGUUGCCAAGCGCGAUACUUGGAACGGCCCAUGAAGCACUCGGGAAGCAUCUGUACAUCAGCUUUACGGUCUUGUAUAGUCUCUUUGCAAGUGCCUAUGUGAGCUUGUUUCCAGCAAUCCUGGUGGAGCUGUUUGGAGUGAACCAGCUUCCGUACACUACUGGCAUUCUGUACAUGGCGCAGGGAAUGGCCGCUCUAGUUGGGACUCCCGUUGCUGGGGUUCUGAUUCGAGGGUCCGCCAACCCGAAGAGCUCGGAUGACUAUACGGGGAUGACAAUUCUGGUGGGUGCGUUGCUGGUUACAGCGAGUGCAAGUGUUGCUUGGGUCAGAUGUGAGUUGAUGUUGACGCCGACGAGCGAGAAGCCUCAGAAGUGGAAAGUGUAA